AUGGUCUACCCCCGCAUUCCGGGACAUGAAGUAGUUGGAACUGUGCAUGGGAUAGGACCACAUGUCAGCGCUCGUUGGCGCCUUGGACAGAGGGUCGGUGUUGGCUGGCAUGCAGGUCGUUGUGAAAACUCAGAGGCUUGCGACGCCUGCCGUCGCGGGGAAUUCUUCGUAUGUCCCAAAGCGACUGGAACGGGACUGACUGUCGAUGGAGGACUCGCAGAAUAUAUGCUUGCAGACCAGACUGCUCUCGUCGCAAUUCCAGAGGACAUCCCAUCCACCCAAGCUGCAGGCCUCCUUUGUGCAGGGCUUACCGUCUUCAACGCAAUAAGACUGAGCAACAUCCGUCCCGGUGAUACAAUCGCCGUUGCGGGAAUUGGUGGAUUGGGGCAUUUGGCUCUCCAGUUUGGGAAGAAAUUUGGAUACCGUGUCGUCGCUAUAUCGUCGUCGCCCCACAAAAGACAAGACUGCUUAGAGCAGUUCGGGGCGCACAUCUUUAUUGACUCCUCCGCCGAAAACGUUCCCGCCUUGCUGGCAGAGCUUCGUCCGACCCUUAUUCUAGGUACAAGCGUCGACGCAAAGAGCAUCACGGAACUCACGCCCUCCUACCCCUCAAAUGCACAGCUGGUCAUCCUCUCCGAGCCGCCGACGAGAGAUGGCACGCUGUCGAUACCGUACCUUCCGUUGUUGUUCAAUCGCAACUCGGUCGCGGGAUUCACCGCGGGCACGGCGGUGGAGGCUGAACACGCUCUGCGUGUCGCGCAACUCGUUGGGAUAACUGUGCAAGUCGAGGAAUACCCUUUGGAAGCGGCGGAAGAAGCAUUUGCCACAAUAAAGAAUGCAAGAUAUCGUCGAGUGGUUGUCAUGUAA